UCACAGAAUUACAUAGCUUUGAGCUGUGGAGGUUAAAGCGGUGUCAGGUUGCAUUAUUUCUGCAGUGCAGAUGCAGCCUUUGUUUGGACAGUGGAGGCCAUGAGAGUUGGACAGUAGUGGCCAUGGGAAUUUCUUCCUAUUUGGACAGUGGUAGCCUUAGGAAUUUAUUCAUUUCUAGACAUUGGUGGCCAUGGGGUUUUCUUACCAGCUGGAUAGUGGCAACCUUGGGAAUUUGUUCACUUCUGGACAUUGGUGGCCAUGGGGUUUUCUUCCCAACGAUAGUUGCAGCCUUGGGAAUUUAUUCACUUCUGGACAUCAGUGGCCAUGGGUUUUUCUUCCCAACUGGACAGUAGUGGCCAUGGGAGUUCCCCUUUCCUUCUUUAUACUCUACCAAUUAACUGUCAUUUCUCUGGACUGUGUUCGGGGAAAAUGUGAUCACUUCUGGUUAACCUUCCCUCCCUGCUUCUGCUCCUGGCCACAUCGUGUUUGCCAAAUGAGGCAAAAAGCCUUUGCUGCUGCGCACAAGAGAUGGAGAGGUUGCAGUUUCAGGUCAGAGUCCAACAGGACCUGAAAGAGCGGGCAUCUGCCCUUUUGGCUGUCCUGGGUGAAGCUGCCCAGAAGAUCCACUUGGAGCAUUGCGGGGUGACCCUGCCAGUCCCAGGUCAGAGAUAAACAGGAAAACAGAAGCAGACCAAGAUCGCCAGCGAUGCCAGCAGCAUCCAGUCUUCCCGCUCGUCCACGGAUGGUGAUGAUGUCUCAAUCCGAAGCCAGACACCAUCAUGCACGACGGAGACUACCUCCGACGAUGCCCUCUCUAUCCGCUCAGAGAUGAUCCAGCGGAAAGGUUCUACCUUCCGGCCGCAUGAUUCGUUUCCCAAAUCUGGAAAGGGCGAGAAGAGGAGGCGGGAGCGGAGGACUACAGUCCUGGGUCUCCCCCAGCAUGUUCAGAAGGAGCUUGGCCUGAGCAAUGGUUAUGAUCCGAAGAAACGUCCAGGCAGCAUCGCAGUUAGACCCAUCCACAGUCCACAGUCCCUGGCAAAUGGUGGCCAGGUGGUUGGCAACGUCGUACUCAUCCCCACCAUCGAUGGCAACCUCCAACCCCCCAUCGCCCCCGAGGGUGGUGCCCGCGUCUCCCUCCAGGCUCUUGAGGCAGAGGCAGCAACAGACUCUGCCCUCCAGCGCCACAUCGACCGCAUCUACUAUGAUGACUCUCUGCUGGGGCGCAAGACAGAGGCCAAACUGUCCCCCUUGGCAAGGCCCAAAUCGCUGGCCGUUCCCUGGAUGACCACCCAGCCUGGCUCCCCAGAGCUCCUCAGCCCGGUCAUGUCCAUCUCCCCUCAGGGCACCUACCUGUCGAAGAUUAUACCCAAUGCUGUCAUGCCACCCAUGGUGGAUGUCAUUGCUCUCUCCCGCAACAGAGUGCGCACCCUCAGCCGCUGCAGCCUCUCAACAGCCAGCCCAGCCCUCUCGCUGCGCUCCAUGGGGCGCUUCCCAUCAGUGCCCCGCAGUCGGGAGCACUCUUCCUCCAGUGACAACUGGAGCCAUUCCCAGUCCACUGAGACCAUCGUCUCCAACACUUCCACCAUCUCCUCGCACGGUGGGCAGAAGGAUGGUGACUCUGGGCCCAACGGCCAAGUCCCCUCGGCGGCCAGGCGCGAACUGGACCAGAUCAGCACAUACAGCUCCGCCAGUGGCAUCAGCUCCAACUGCCCCAAUGCCAGGGCUGGUGCCAUCCCUGCCUCGCCCAGCCUCCUGGGAGUGAGGCACCCAGGGAGUACCAGCGGAGGCGGCAGCAGUGGUCGGGCCUCUCCGGCAUACAGCAGCAGCAGUGUAGCGGAUGGCUCAGACAGUGUGAGCUUGCGGAGCGACCGGUCCUCAACCCGCAGCGUCUCUCUCAGGAAAAUGAAGAAGGCCCCUGCACCCCCUCGGAGGACAUACUCCUUGCACCAGAAAGCCCAGAAGCUGGAGGCUGAAGGGGCGCCCAGAGCCAUGGGUUUGCCCCCGAAGCCAGACCGCCGACCUCACGAAGGCAGCGGGGCCAUGGGGCGACAAGUGAACCCCAGCCUGACCGGUGAGGAUGAGGUCUUCUCGCCGUCCUGUUCAAGUGAGACCAGCAGCCUGGCCUGCUCUCCUGACAUCUCCCACCACAGCCCCAUCACUGUUGACAAGCUACGCGAGGCGGAGGAACUGAGGGCUGCCAAGAACCAGGAACUGCCUUCGAAGAACAGUUCCCCUGACCGCUUUGGCCGCACCAUGUCUCCCUCCAGCGGGUAUUCGAGCCAGAGCGGGACGCCCACCCUGCACGCCAAGAGUCUCCUUGGAACAGCCUCCUCUCCUGGGAAGAAAAGGCCGCAACCAAAGAAGCCAGAACGGGUUUGCUCCCUCCAGUCCCCGACGGGGCUCUCCGUCUCUUCCUCCCUGACGUCCUUGUCCUCCUCUGCUUCGGAUGCGGCCCCCUUGGAUCCUGCAACAGUCCCAUCUUUGGCCAGUCCCCCUGACGGCCCCACUCAAAGCAAAAUGGAACGUUUUGUCAUUCCUCCUCAUCCCAAGGUUCCGGCGCCCACCUGCCCUCCACCCACCAAGGCCCAACAGGCUGAGCCAAAAGCCGACAGGACUGCAACCGCCGCCUCACCCGACAAGCAGCCCAGUAUCAUUGCGAAACCCAGUAAUGGAUCACCACCUCCAUCGCCACCUCCGGCUUAUCAUCCACCUCCACCCCCUGCAAAGAAGUCUGAUGGAAGUCCUGAAGUCCCCACUGCUUCUGUUGCCACUCCGACCCCUUCAGAGAUGGAGGUGGAUGCAUCUCCGGAUACUCAGUGGCCCCCUCCUCCUCCACCUCUGCCAGAGGAACACGAUCUCUCCAUGGCUGACUUUCCUCCCCCAGAUGAAGCCUACUUCAUGCUGCUACCACCAGGGUCCCAGCCGGCACUGGCGGCAGACGAAACGUUCUCCACUGAUGCUACCGAGACGGAUCCCACCAAGGAACCAAUAGCCAACCAAAGAGCUGCGACUACAGGGGAGGUCAAAGUGGCCACCUCUUCCCCUUCCUUCUCCACCACGGUGUCCUCAAAGAGCCAACAGCAUGGAGUCCCAGACGACCAGGCACUGCCAGCUCCCAAAGUGGAGCCUCCUUCACCUCCCAAGCUCCCCAUGGCAAUGCCGGAAUUGCUUGGUGCCCAGCAGACCCACCGGAAGCCUCCGAUGCCAGUGUUGUUGUCAUCAACAGCAGUGCCCUCACCGCCCACCCUCCAAACGAACCUCAAGAAGCCGGCCAACGGCCUCCCCUCUGAUCCCAAGAAGGAGCCGGCCUCCCGGAGCAAGAGUGGCUCUGUGCCAAAGGAAGAUGCGAACCUGCCCAUCGUCACCCCUUCUCUGUUGCAGAUGGUCCGCUUGCGGUCGGUCAACAUGGAUGCCCACAGCCCCACGGCAAUCCCGGUAGCGGGAAAACCCCUGGCAGAGCAGAACGGGCCGAGCUCGGGACUGAAUGGCAAGUCAGGGCCACAGCAUGCCCCCCAGAAACCAAUCCGGAAAUCCCUUUCCUUGAGGGGACACCCGUCGGCAUCUAAAGAAGCAACCUCCUCAAACCCCUUGCACAAUGCGGUACGUUUGAAGGCCUCCACCUUGUCUUCCAGAGAUGCGCCAGGUCUUGGAGUGGCAGAGAGGAAGGCCGGAAAUCGGAUGACAUUGCCAUCUUUCUCUGCAGCUGCAGUGGCUCUCCCUGCAGCUGGGGAGGCGAAGGACGGUCCAGCAUCUCCCAUGUACAAAUCUCCAGCAUCGACGGCCAGUUUCAUCUUUGCAAAGAGCCCGAAGAAGUUAGUGAUCGAGAGCCCAUCCUCUCCGGAAGCCCAAGCCAACCUGAAAAAGAACCUGGUGGCCGAAUUGAUGAACCUCUCUGGCCAGCGGUCCGUGGCAGCCCCGGGGCUUAACCAUCCAGCCUCAGGGAAGACUCAGGCCGAAAAGGCCCAGAAGGUCCCCCCACCCAUUGCCAAGAAGCCUUUACUUGGUCCAGGACACUUGCAGCCCCCCCGGAGCCCAAAGUCAACAGCAGCCGAGGAGCUGAGUUCCCCCCGGACGGCACUUGGGGAGAGGACUAAGAAUGACAUGUCUGGUAACCAGGCUAAUGGCACCGGCCCCUCCGCAGUGCCUGAAACACAGUUACAGAGCCCCCCAGCACAAGACUCACGGCAAGAGACGGCGUGAAGGAAGACCCUGUGGUACGUUUGCCCCAAUAUACAGGAGUUUAAAUCAAAACAAAAAUAUCUCAGGGACCUGAGCAGGUCAGAGGAGGGUCCAGGAUGUGGGGACAAGGAAAGUCAAAAACAAAGCAGCCUUAGCCUCUGAUGGCCUUGAUAUUUAUGCAAAAAUCGUGUUGGUUUCACUUUUCUCUGAAGACGAGAGCUUUAUUUUACAUCUGAAGACAAAAGAUAGCACAAACCCUUUCUCCUGCUGCUGUCUCCUGUUUUUCCUCUUAUUGAGCAGCCUUUCCUAGCUAGGUUUGCUAGUGUUUCAUUUUUCCCCACCAGAAAUUGUUUCAUGCACGAGGAAAAGGCUUUUAAAAAUCAAAAAAGAACGAAGAGGAUAGCAACAACUGACUCUGCCCUCCUGGCAAGGAAAGAAGUGGCAAAGUUGAAACAGCUUUGUGUGUUUUUCAAAGGCAGCCCCACCACUUCUUCAUUUUUCUUUUUCUUUCUUUCUUUGUGGGUUGCGUUGUCGUCCGGUGGGAAUGGGAGACUCACCGGAUCUGGCACUCGCCUGGCAUCAAACAAAACGGAAAGCACUUUCUCAAAAUCAAGGCUGGACGAACCAAGGCUGUUUCAGAGGACUCUGUGGUCUUCCCAGAUCUGGCCAAGGCCCUGAUCCUCUCUGCAUACAUUCUGUGGAACUCUUGCACUUGCAAAAGCUUGCACCGAAAGGGGCCCUGCAGGUUGGAGGACAAUGCUGUGACAUAUAUUUUAUAUAUAUAAAUCUAUAUAUAUAUCCCGUAGGUAGGGCUCCUGUGGGCAAACUGGACUCGGUCAUAAAGAGAUGACUCUGGGGUGGAGGGCAAGUGUGGCGCUUUUUCUUUCUUAUUUUGCAGACACAGUGAGAUUCUGCCAUAGCACAAACCAGGGCAUAGGAGAAGUGGGUAACAGGAUCAGGGUGACAAAAGCAUACAGGUUUACUCCUUGUCUAUUACUUUUUAAAAUGCCCUGCCUCUUUUCAACUACCAUUCCCUUUGUGCCUGGAUUGGACCUUUAGGGGAUGGCUUGUCUCUUUGACAGGGUUCUGGGUUUUAAAACCCCUUCCGUAUAGCAAGAAGAACCCUUUCGAGGGGUGUCUUCUUAAAGGGAGCAAGGAGCUGUAUUGGCAACGUAAAGUACAACAGGGUCUAACCAAUUUGUCAGCAGGUGCCUUAGAAACUGCUACUGUCUCAGCUUGGCAAAGAGGCAGGUGGAGCACCCCAAAACCUACUGAACACCCCAAAACCUGGCUCUUCACUGCCACAGCAAAGUCAUUGCAGACUUGUGCACUUUGCUCCGAGACAUUCCAGGCUUUGAGACCCUGCCCUGAAUAGAGAAGCAGGAAAAUGUGGGCUAGAUUGGGGGGAUUCAGUGCAAUUCUUUGAAACCAAAAUUCUGCAAACAGUGCUUUGGCUCUCCACCCAUCCUGGGAGGGGGGAAAAAAUCAAAACAGACAUCAUUCAAUGUCUGACAUCUGAUGCUACAUUUCCUUUGGGGUCCAUUUGGAAUUUCUCAGCAUUGUUGGGUUUGGUUGGCAGAUGGUGAUUUGGAAGGUGUGUGCAGAAGGUGUUCUGUGGUCAGUUGGAGGGGAAAACCUUGAGGUGCAUCUCUUGAUAGAAGCAAUGCAUUGGGGGCCCAGAUGCCAGUUAAGCCCAAAGUCCUCUUGGAGGCAAAGAGUUCUCUUUUAAAAGUAUUGACGUUUGCAAGGGUGUACCACUUUGCUGGGUGUGUGCACAUGCAAAGUGAAUUCCCUUCGUCCUGAAAUUUCUGCAGAAAAUUAAGAAACUUGGAAGAGCAGGGCCAAACCAAGGCUGAGUUCCAUUAACCAAUGGAAUCUCUGCCGCUCUGCACUUUCUGCUUUCUACAUAGAGCAUCAUAAGGUGGAUGGAUAGCCAUGGUAGCAAAUGUCUCGUAAGUCUCCUUCUUCCCUGGGGUAAGCAACAGCUACAACCACCUCAUGCUCACCUCUGGGGCUGUGCAUUCAUGAGCAAGCUGCCUCUUCAAGGCCAUGCAUCUGUCAUUGCCGAUUGCCUGUCGGAGAAUGUCACUAAACCUCGACACCAGAUUCCUUCAAAACGUCAUCCUUUUGCAAGGUUCUAACUGAGUGGCAUCUGCUUACCACCAAGAAUCCAGGAGGGGACCCUAAAGUCCAAUCCUUGGUGUCUCCAGAAAAUCAUCCCUGUCUGAGAGCUCCUCUUUAGCAUGCAGACCAAAUAACUCAGGGGUCUCCCUUGGCAAAAACUGGCGUCUUAUGUUUGGAAAGCGUUGCUGUGCAGUAGAUGUUGUGAUAGCUCAAUACUGCCCCAGCAGAUGCUGCCAUCCUCUUCCUUUUGGUAGGACAGAUGUGUCAGUGAUGCCCAGUGCCUUCCCCUGGGCAUCAUCAUGCCCUGCACUAACGCCUCCAAAAGGGCAGCUCCAGGAGGCUGAGCUAAGAGCUGCCAACACGGUAGUCUCCUGCAACGUUGCUCUUGUCGAACCGCGUGUGCCUGAGGUUACAAAUCCCAGAAGUGAGUCGCUUGGCAUCAAGUUGGGCCGCAACAGUGAUCAGAUGGCAUCCAGACAAGCAUCUAGUUCCGCAUGCCACUCAAGUGGCGUAAGGAUAGGAGUCUUAACUUCCCCAUUGAGGACAGGGUUCUUACAAUCACCAAAAUAGGUUAUUCCAGAGACCCAACAGCACUUUUGAGGGCAAGAGAAGGAGGGUAGACAGUGCAGGAGAAAGGAGGGAUUGGGAUGCCCUGGUGUGGAAAGGGGACCAAACGCUUCCCACUUAAUCUUCCCUUUCUCCUUUAUGCCUUUGCUUUCCAAUCUCUAGAAACACUAGGCGACAGAUUUAUAUACUCUGAAAAAUCCUGGGGUCAUUUGAUUUGAUUUCCAUGAUUAUUAAAAAAACAAAACAAAAACAAGAAUAAAAAAACGAGGAGGAAAGAGAAGAAAAUCUACCUUUGAGAAAGGGAGGAGUAAAAAAAUGAGGGUGAACUCCAUUUUUUUAAAAAAAAAAGGGUCUUUGUAAAGAUGAAUGAUUAAAGCUUGCUUGCUGAUUCUUUUA